AUAAGAAAAAAAAACAUCCAAAACAAAAGUAAAAGCUGAAGCUGUGGACUCCGCGAUUUAUUUGCCUUGAUUGAAGUGAAAGUAUUCCAACAUGAACCAAUUACUCCAAAAAUCUACCAGAGCCUUGUGCUAUUCGUUUACACACAAUAAUUUCCAGCUAUCGGUAUGUGCCCGCACGAAAAAGACCGAUGCAUUGAGCUCUACGACAGCCAGGGGUACCAGCAAUGUGGGUACUGCGCGGCAACAGAGCGUCAAUUCAUUGUCCAAAAUAACACUUAUCCAACCCAAUCAAUCCAUUAUUGUGACAACGUUGAAAGAAGCACAAAAAUUGGCCAAACGCCGAGAGUUGCACUUAGUCAAGCAACAGGAUUUCGAUACGAAGACACAACGUUCAAUUUAUAAGUUAGUGACCGCAGCAGAAAUGCUUUCCGAGGAUGUGGAUGAGAGCGCAGUUGAUCGAAUGAAAAGCAGCGAAAAAAGGUCUGAGAAAUCACUAACGAUUGGUUCACGUAUCUCGGACCAUGAUUUAGAAUCACGCUUGAAACACAUUUCGAAAUGGUUGGCGAAAAAUCACGAAGUGUGCAUACUCGUACAAGGUAGCCCCGAGGAAAUGGCUAAAUGUGAGCAAAUUUUCAAAACCAUCGAACAAAGCGUCAAGGAGCCGGAAGUAAUUGGACGCGUUGUGCAAAAGCGUGGCAAAGGUUCACACAUUAAAUUUACUAUUCGGCCUGUACCAAAGCUAGAACCAGAAACUGAGAAGCAAGCAUGACAUGAGAUGCCCGUGCCUCGGAGCCAUAUCGUAGCCGGUGCACGGCAUUACUCUACACAGCUACUUACACAACGUUCGGCUGCAACUACUAUGAUUGAUGUAGUUAAUUGCAAAAACCUUAGCUCAUCAUUUGAUGAAGACAACAAAAGGCCAGUUAUUGUGUUCGGCGUUUUUACAGCCAUAAUUUUAGCUUCUAAAUAUAUCUACUGGUUUAAAGUGAUGAGAAGUAAAAAGGACGGGUAAAAUUUAAUAUGAAUAUAGUACGAUCUGUAAAAAGCCACUUGUUAUUAUGUACAUAAGUAUGUAUUUUCUUAGAAAUUUCAAAUUGCAUAAGUUUAAAACAGCGGAAUCAAAAUAAAUACAUUUACUUAUCUAUA